GGAGGAUACUCAUGGUAGAUGACAAGGGGAAGAACAUGAAAUGUCUCACCUUCUUCUUGAUGCUUCCAGAGACAGUUAAGAACCGUUCCAAGAAAAGCUCGAAGAAGGUGAGCGGCGGAAGCAGCAGCAAGUUACCCCCAGUUUGCUAUGAAAUCAUUACCUUGAAGACCAGGAAGAAGAAGAAGAUGGCUGCUGACAUUUUCCCCCGAAAGAAGCCGGCUAAUGGCAACGCGGCCGCCGUCCAGCAGUACCACCAGCAAAACAUCAACAACAACAAUAUUAUCCCUGCUCCCAACUGGCAAGGACUGUAUCCCACUAUCCGAGAAAGAAAUGCAGUGAUGUUCAACAAUGACUUGAUGGCAGAUGUUCAUUUUGUGGUGGGGCCGCCAGGUGGGACCCAGCGGUUGCCGGGACACAAAUAUGUCCUAGCUGUCGGGAGCUCCGUGUUCCACGCGAUGUUUUACGGGGAGCUCGCAGAGGACAAAGAUGAGAUCCGGAUCCCAGAUGUGGAGCCUGCGGCUUUCCUCGCCAUGCUGAAAUACAUCUACUGUGACGAAAUCGACUUGGCUGCUGACACGGUGCUGGCAACGCUUUACGCCGCCAAGAAAUACAUCGUCCCUCAUCUCGCCAGAGCGUGCGUGAACUUCCUGGAGACCAGCCUGAGCGCCAAAAACGCUUGUGUGCUCCUCUCCCAGAGCUGCUUAUUUGAGGAGCCGGACCUGACGGAACGCUGCUGGGAAGUGAUUGAUGCCCAGGCAGAGCUGGCGUUGAAGUCCGAAGGGUUCUGCGACAUAGACUUUCAGACACUUGAAAGCAUCCUCCAGAGGGAGACCCUGAAUGCCAAAGAGAUUGUGGUUUUCGAAGCUGCUCUCAGUUGGGCCGAAGUGGAGUGCCAACGCCAAGAGUUGCCCGUGAGCAUAGAAAACAAGCGCAAAGUCCUCGGGAAGGCGCUGUAUCUCAUUCGCAUCCCGACGAUGGCGCUCGACGACUUUGCCAACGGCGCCGCUCAGUCGGGCAUCCUGACCCUCAACGAAACGAACGAUAUCUUCCUUUGGUACACGGCGGCCAAAAAGCCGGAGCUGCAGUUUGUGAGCAACGCCCGGAAGGGCCUCGUCCCGCAACGCUGCCACCGUUUCCAGUCUUGUGCCUAUCGCAGCAACCAGUGGCGUUACAGGGGCAGGUGCGACAGCAUACAGUUCGCCGUUGAUAAGCGAGUGUUCAUUGCUGGCUUUGGGCUCUACGGCUCCAGCUGUGGAUCGGCCGAAUACAGCGCGAAGAUUGAACUCAAACGCCAAGGCGUUAUCCUCGGGCAGAACUUGAGCAAGUACUUCUCAGAUGGAUCUAGCAACACUUUCCCGGUGUGGUUUGAGUAUCCGGUGCAGAUCGAACCAGAUACCUUUUACACAGCGAGCGUGAUUCUGGACGGCAACGACCUCAGCUAUUUCGGACAGGAAGGGAUGACGGAGGUCCAGUGCGGGAAAGUAACUGUGCAGUUCCAGUGCUCCUCAGACAGCACCAAUGGCACAGGAGUUCAAGGAGGGCAGAUUCCCGAACUUAUCUUUUAUGCCUGAAAG